AUGGAAAAAGUCGGAAAAAGACUAGAGAUCGACGGUAGCUAUGCUGUUUUACCUGGUUUAAUUAUUGUUACUUUUGGUGACGUUGAGACUCAUACAUCAGAAACUCAUUUAAUUCGUUGCUCAAGAUCACUUGAUAUUGGUAGAUUAGAAAGAGCAAAUGUCAUUGCAUAUAAAAUUGCAAAAGGUGAACUUGAUUUAGAUGAAGCCUCUGCUUUAUUAGAUGAGAUUAUUAAUGGUCCCCCGACAUGGGGUCCUUUAAUUGUCAUUUUGGGUUAUAUUAUGACUUCUGCUUUUGUUGCUCCCUUAUUUUAUAAUGGUUCAUGGACUGAUUGUUGGGUUAGUGCUAUCUUUGGUUUAUGUGUUGGCAUAUUAACUUAUAUUUCAGAAAAAUUGCCAAUGUUUGGUAAUGUGUUUGAAAUGGUUGUAACAAUCCCUAUUGCUGUUAUUACGCUUGCAUUUCACCCUCACGUCUGUUUUGCUGCUGUUGCUAUGGCUGCUAUUGUCAUUGCUUUACCAGGUUAUUCAUUGACUUGCUCAGUAAUGGAAUUAGCUGCCAAAAAUUUAAUUAGUGGUGUUGUUCAUUUGGUUUAUGCCUUGAUGUAUGUUCUGUUUUUAGCAUUUGGUAUUGGUUAUGGUUGUUCUAUUUGGCGACUAUCCCAUCCUGGAGAAUAUAUAAACGUCUUAGGAGCAUGUCAAGAAAAUAUUAACCCAUGGUGGACAUUUUUAAUUUUACCUCUUGCUACAAUUGGUUUUGGAGUCGUUUAUGGUGCGGCGCCAUAUCAAUGGUGGCCCAUGGUGGGUGAUAGUGCAGUUGGUUAUGUGGUUUAUUAUUUUGUAGGUAAAGUGGUAGGCUCAAGCUCGGUUAUUACACCUAGCGCAGGCGCCUUUGCUUUAGGACUCGCUGGUAACAUCUAUGCUCGUGUAACAAAGCGAUUAGCAUUCGUACCCAUUAUGGGUGGUACAAUCAUUCUUGUGCCUGGAAGUAUUGGUGUCAAAGGUGCAGUUCAUUUGUUUGAUGGCUCGAACAACAGUAGUGGUAGUGAAUUUGUGUUUCAAGUUCUUGGUAUUUCGUUAUCUUUAACUUUGGGAUUAUUUUUGGCUAAUUUAGUUGUUUAUCCUACUGGUAAAAAAAGAACUGUCUUUUUGGGUUUCUAA